CGCGCGACGCGCGAACGCGCGACGCGCGCGCGUCGACGAUGGCGCCGCGCGAGGACGGCGCGAAGCGCUCGUCGUACGUCGCGGACUUGCUCGCCGGAAGCUUUGACGUCAUGGACGCUUCGAAAGCGCGCGCGGCGCCGCUGCGUCGAAUGGGCGGCGACGGCGGCGCGAGCGAGCGCGCGGAUGAUCGCGCGCGCGCGGUGGGAAGAGGAGCGACGCGCGCGGACGCGCGAGACGCGCGCGAGACGCGCGCGGAGGAUGAUCUCGAAGCCUUGUUCGGAGGCUCGACGACGACGCGCGAGCGAACGACGACGACGACGACGACGCGGGGCGCGCGCGAGGCGAAGGAUGCGUUCGGCGAUCUCGAUGGGAUGUUCGCGUCGGCGUCGACGUCGACGCGAGGGGGGGGGGAGAACGCGACGGGCGACCGUCGACGCGCGCCGAGCGCGGCGAGCGCGGAUUUCGACGAUAUUUUCGGUGGAUUCACGGACGCAUCGCGAGCGGGGAGUCAGAGCGUGCCGGUGAAAGCGAGCGGUGCGGCGACGCGCGCGCGCCGUGGCGAUGGGGCGGGGGCGGCGAAGGGAGAUUUGUUUGAUUUGAUGAGCGAGUCGAGUAGCGUGAGCGAGCUCGGGUCGAGACCCGAGUCGCCGAAGAGCGCGGCGAGCGCGGGGACACAGCGUGGGUUGAUGGCGCACGACGCAGAUGAAAGUCUCAUCGAUGGAUUGGACGAACUAUUGGGUGAAGUUUCUAUCGCGACGGCGUCGAAGGCGACGCGGACGCCGGAGAAGACAGCGUCGGCGUCGUCGUUAUCGCGGAUGUCUUCCAUGUCGCGAUCGGCGAGUCUGGCGAACGAUAUAGGCGAUUUAAUGUCUUCGCCCGAGUCCGACGCAUCUGCACCGGUGGGUUUGGCGCGGUUCCGUUCGACGGCCAGCGUGGAUUCGCAAAGCUCUCAACCGACUGCGGCGGCGACGAAGAAGGCGCCCGACGCCGCCGUCAAGGUUCAAGCGCGCGCUGAGGCGAACACCACGGCUUCUAAGACGUCGAUGUCGACGCCGAAACCACAAAAGUCACCGGCGACGAUGCCCGCGGCGGCUUCGUCGACGAAGUCGUCGGUGGAAGAUUUGGAUGACUUUUUCAACGCUGGCGCCGCGAAAGCGGGCGCGACGCCAAAGGCGCCGACGUCAUCCAUCGAUCCUAUAGAAGCCAUGUUCGCGAUUCCUGAUUCCGCAGUCGGUGUAAGUUCAGCUGUUCCCGCGAACGGUGUCGUGGACGAUCUUUUCGGGGCGAUGGACACUCGAGUGAUGUCGCAGAAAUCAACCGCGGCGAGCGCGUUCGAGUACGCCCCCGAGGAAGAAGUCGAUCCGAACGAGCCGCCCGAACGAGCCGCCCUACGCAAGGCCCGACACGAUCGAAACAGAGUACGAAUAGAGACCGCGCUGAAAGAAAAGCGCGCGAGAGAGAGCGCGGCGAGACAAGAGCAAGCCGAGCGUCAAAUGCUCAAGGAUCUCAUCGGCGCUGACAUCGACGCGUGGCAAAAGAAGAACCAAAACAACAUUCGCACCAUGCUCGCCAACCUCGGAGACGUCUUGUGGGACGGUCACAGGUACAAGAGUCCCGAUAUGGGGUCUUUGAUGCAACCGAUCGGGGUGAAGAAGUCUUACCACAAAGCUUUAGUCAUCAUCCAUCCCGACAAAGUCUCGCAAGCGGGCGGCGACAUGUCGCAGCGAUACAUCGCCGACAAAGUCUUCGACAUCAUCAAGGUGGCGUACAAGGAAUUCGAAGCCAAAGAACUGAAAUGAUCGCUUCCUGCGUUCGCGCGUUUCACUAGAUUAGCG